AUCUCCUCGGUAUCAUUUCGCAUUAAAAGUGCAGCUCACUCUCUCCGUCCGUUCUUCCUAUAUAAGCACAACACACGUCCUUACUUGUGUGACUUGUGUCCCAGUGAGUGACAAUCUAAUCCUGACCAGAUACAGCGGUUAAUUAACAGGUUAAGCGCAGGGUAUCGACGCGAUGGACACUAGGCAUGGCCGAGACAGGAAUGGCGCGCCGGCGACCAGGAGCGCCAUGCUUCUCCUGGCCGCCGCCGUGUUCGUUGGGUGGCUCAUGAUGUGGGUCAUGUUGCCGACCAGGACAUUCAGCUCGACGUGGGCGCCGACGCUCGCCUCCCACACAAAUUCCACCUACUUUGGCAAACAAGUUGCGUGCAUUUACCUGCACUUGCUGAAGAGGAGCGGCGACAGUACUGGGGUCCAAAGUCAGAGAGGAGUAUUCUGUACGAGAAUGGCGGCCUGGAGGAGACCUGUGCUGGUGAGAGGUCCACUGGGAAUUGUGACAGGCAUAGAACUCGCCUUCUUUCUCUUGUUCCUGGCACUCCUGGUCUGGUCCUACUCCGCCUUCAUCAACCUCGACUUCUCCAAGAUCCAUGUCAAGCCUGUCGAGAAAAUGUCGACCAACUCACGAUAACCAUGCAUUAACUCCGUCCAAAAAAAAAA